UCUGGGGGAAGGAGGGAGGUGGUGGUGGAGGAGGAAAACCCAAUCUGAAGAUGUUGACUACAUCCCCUUCUGCACCACAGUUCCUCCUCUUUUAUUGGAUACUAGCGGGUCCUCAAAGGCUCCCAGGCUGUAAUUAGAGGGUGGAUCUUGUAAAGCAGAGGAGCGCUCUCUCUCUCUCUCUUCCAACUACAGACCAGCUCUCUCUCUCUCUCUCUCUUUUGCUUGUCUCUCUCCUUCCUCCUCAAAACUCCGCAGCCAACCCCUCAGGCUGGGACAGCGAUGGCAUCGCCAGUGCUGGAGGUGAUCUCCCUGCUGUGCGGGAUCAGGGGCCCCAGAGAGCCCUGACUUGAAGAAGCAAGAGGGAUCUUUUGUCAGACCAGGUGGGAACCAAAACCCAGAGACCUCAAGGAGCUGAGGAAAAAGAAGAAGCUUCCAAUGGCUCCAGCUGCCUGGGAAUGUUGACGGACACUUGCCACAAAUUAGAUUUGACCCUGUUGGGAAAAGCGGAGGGAAAGCUUGGGGAAGAAACCUAAUCUUCUGGGUGUGGAGCCUUUUGCUCCAAAAAUCUGGAGCGCAGAAGGCAUGGGAGAUUCCUAUACGGCCACUUUCCCUAACGGGAAUGGACUCCUGUCUCCUUCAGCAAGCCCUCAAGCUUCCACCACUUACAGCAAUGAUUACAGCCCGUUCUCCCAUUCCUUCCCAGCCUCCCCAACAUCUCAAGACCCAUCAUCCCUGCUGGUAUCCAAGGGGCACCCUUCCUCCGACUGCCUCCCCAGUGUCUACACUUCUUUGGACAUGCCACACCCUUAUGGCUCCUGGUACAAAGCUGGCAUCCACCCGGGCAUCUCCACCACCUCUAGCAACCCCACGGCUUCCUGGUGGGACAUGCACUCCAACAGCAACUGGCUGAGCUCCCAGCCCCAGUCAGAUGGACUUCAGAGCUCCUUGCAGACCAUGCCCAGCCAGGCUCCCAUCAGCCCCCAACUGCCCAGUUACACAUCCGAAUUCACCACCUUAAACCCUGCUCCAUACCCGGCUGUGGGCAUCACUUCCUCGUCGCACCUUCUCCCUUCAGGUCAACAUGUGCUGCCCCAAGAGAUGUACAAGCCCAAGCCGGUGGCCAACAACUCCCUGAUGGAAGGUGGGAUCGGACUGAAGUCCGGAAGAGGCGGCUCCUUUGGGAGUACGGCGGGCCGGUCGACCUGCGACUGCCCCAACUGCCAAGAGCUGGAGAGGCUCGGGGCCUCGGCAGCCAGCCUGCGGAAGAAGCCCAUCCACAGCUGCCACAUCCCGGGCUGCGGGAAGGUCUACGGGAAGGCCUCGCACCUCAAGGCCCACCUGCGGUGGCACACCGGGGAGCGCCCCUUCGUCUGCAACUGGCUCUUCUGCGGCAAGCGCUUCACCCGCUCGGACGAGCUGGAGCGCCAUGUCCGCACCCACACCCGGGAGAAGAAGUUCACCUGCUUGCUUUGCAACAAGCGCUUCACCCGUAGCGACCACCUCAGCAAGCACCAGAAGACCCACAACGAGAUGGGGGUAGGGAAGCCCCCCGAGGGCGAAGCAGAACGGGAAGAGGCGGCCGCAGUGGCCGGUUCUCCCAGCGCUGCCUUGCAGGAUGGCCUCCCUGGAGACGAGAAAGACGCCACCAGCCCAGAGCAGAGCAACCUGCUGGAGAUCUAGGUCGCUGGUGCUGAGUGCUUGCUCCACCUUUGUUGCGUCACACCACCGACACCAUUUUUAAACUGAGCGAAAUAAUUUAUUUCCUGGGGGAAAGCCCAGACUCAGACCUCGUGCCAAACUUCACUUCCCUUCCAACCCCCCAAACGAACUUCGCUGAGAGACCCCUGAAGGUCCACGACUUUCUGGCCAAAGACACAAAUAUCCGAGCCAAAAUCUUGAAGCUAAGUCUCCGGUCAUCCUCUGGAUGGUUACAACCAAAGCGCGUCCCUGCCUUGGUCUCGGCAUGGUCACUCAAGGGAAUGGACAAGAAAUCUGAAGUUGUGCCAUGCAGAGUUGGCCAACUAGCAGGCCAGGCAGGAAUAAAGUGGGUUUUUCUCAGGGUAUGUAUAGGAAUCACCUUUUGUCUAGCGUAACCCACUGAGGAUUCAGUUUGAAUCACCUCCUCUAACUUUGUGCAGUGAGCAGCAGUCUUGCAGCAGGUGGAGAGAAGAAGACAGUGAGAGGUCUGGAGCAGCUUUGAGACUAAGGUGGAAUACCUGUCUCCACAGAACAUGCCCCUGGUCCAGAGCUCUUAAAGAGGCAAGCGCGAUCUCUAGCUCAGGACAUGGCAAAUAGGCUUUAUAGGUCCAGAUUCGGAAGGGGCUGCUGUUCCUUUAAGAAUGGCAAGCUAGGGCAAAUUCCACUAGAGGCGGCUUUUCAGGUACACAGCAGCACUGAUAAGAAAAGCCAUAACUGGUGACACUCUUAAAGGUACAGAAGCCAUCUCCGAGUCUGGACAUGCAAUUGACAGUGGGACUAAUGGGAAAUAGAACUGACUGGUGGAGCAUGAAUAAAUUUGAAGCCCUUUUAUAUGCAAUUGGGAGCCAUUGGUUGAGGGUUUGUACAGGUAAUGGGAGCUUUGCCAUUAAAAUCCCGUUCAAUUUAAAAUGAAGCAUGUUGCUCUUGGGCAGUAGCAGGCAAGUUCAGAGGACAGUUUUGAAGGGGGACGGAUGGGCAUCCAUUUACACAACCAUCUCUCCGUUCUUCACACACAACAAGGGCUCCUUCGCUCCCUCUCCUGUCAAUGCAAGUCUGGCAAAGGCCAUAGCAGAGUGUUGGUGGUAUAACAUCGCUCCAGAGACGGUGCCUGCCUUUUGCAGGUGCCAGCCAUGCCUUUGCUUCUGGUUUAGAAUACAUGUACCAAACUGAGGACCAUGGGAAUGGAAGCCGUCCACAUGGAUAAGAGACUAUAUUCAGACAGUUGAUGGACAUGGCGCCAUACUGUUAAAAACGGGACUCUCUUUCCAUUGAAAUCCAGAGAACGUGGAAAUUUCUUCUGAUGCACUCUGCUAGAAGCACAGAGGUUGGAGAGGAACGAAGGCCAACCACUCUGUAGAAGUCAAGAAGGGGCAAGUUGUCCCACGAAGGUGCUACAAGACCCUUGGAGCUCCCUCUCCCCAUGUAUUUAAUCUAGAAGUAUAUUUAUGCCUUAAAUUAUGAUGACAAAUUAACAGGAGGAAGGAGGCAACUAGGUUCUCCAAGAGGCCUCUGUAAUGUGAGGCAUCUGUUAUCUUAUCAGGGUAGUCUCUCUGCUAACCGGGGGACUUGCUCUGUGCAAAGCAGCAUGAUCUAUAACUGGCUCGGUUUCUUUUGUUUUUUGUUCGCUUCGUAAGGUGAAAAAAAUGGAGUAUUUAUAAUCUUGAAAUGCUUUUUUUUUAAGUUCUGUGUCGUUUUUUUACGAUCCAUUGGGAUUUUGAAAACCCCUUGUUAAUAUCAGAAAUACGGAGCCAGAUUUUCAAUUUGCUAAGUGCACAUAUUUCGGGGGGAAAGGGUUUAGUUUGCUUUAAGACCUCUGGCUUAAUCAUCAGUGAUGGGGAGCCACUGGCACAAGCCCCUAUUUUGGGGGGCAGAGCUGGUCUAAGACAUUUUGCCGCCUGUGGCGAAGAACAGGACCGUGUCCCACAUUCCAUGUUCAGAAGCUGAUUUGACUGGCAGGUGAAUCUUAUUUCAGGGCUGAUGAUGAGCCUUCACCAUACCUGAGGCUCAGCAGGUUAAUUUUGGGGGUGUAGGACUGGCCAUGAGGCAUACACAGCUGACCUCCAGCAGAAGACAGUGGUCAGAAGUAACAAACAGGGGAUAUCUUUGACAUAUGCCACCUCUCCCUGCCCAACGGCAUGGCCAACUCUGAUUUGGGGACAGUGCCUUUCUGUGGACGCAUAUUGCUGAACUGCUUCCAUUUCCCUUAGAUCAGCCUGCAGUUUCAGGGGCAUUGGAAGUACGACACAUUUCAAAGAGGCUGCCAUGGAAAAUGGCAUUCCUGUGUUUGCCACUUUUCUCCUGUAACAUUUGGGCACCUUUUUCAGGUUGUGGCUUUAUGUUGGGUGCUUCUUCCCACAUUGUUCAUUGGCUGGAAGAGGGUACACCACAUCUGAUGGUGUCAGCAUGCCUAAACAUCAUUGGGAGAGUGAGGGGUGCCCAUUAUUAAGCAAGUAAACCAGAUACGCUUCAGCAUCUGUGUAAGAAGAGAAGUACACUUAUUUCAGCAACAGAAGUAAAAAAAUCUUUUUUUAAAAAAACAACAACAUUUUGCCUGCUCGGUGGCACAUGUCACAUGGAUUUUUUUAAAAAAAACCAACAGUUUGGACUUUGCUUGUUAUUAAUUUAAUUAAGAAUAAAAUAUAAGCUAUGUUGUGGGGGAAGCUUAAAGAAACUCGAGUCUUAUCUUUGGAGGAAAGCACAAUCCAGUGCUUCUGUACCACAAUUCAAAUAAAAUUGCACUCCUAAGG